ACUUUUUGUGCGUCUCUCGUUUCACUGACUGACUCACCACAAACAAACAAGCAAGAUGAGGACGAUGUGUGCACGCUCGCUGGUGUCGGCGGUGCUGGUGGUGCUGGUGGUGCUGGUGGUGGCGCUGGGUGCAAAGGGGAGCACGGAUGUGGCCGAUGUGGCGGCGGAGACGCAGAAGGCGUUGAAUCUGGCGGUCAACGACCGCAUCGUGCUGCAGCGAUGGAAGAAGGCUGUGGACGUGGCCGUGCUGGGCGAACCGCUGCUGUUCCGCAAGCCAACCAACGUGCUCACCAGCUUCCGGCUGCUGGCAUCCAACACCAUCGUGCAAGCCGGGACGGCCAGUGGCAGCUGCUCCAUCACCCUGGCCAAUGGCAGGACAUUCACCAACGUGUCGUCGGUUCAAGUCACCGUCAACCCCUUCUCCAAGACCCACCUCAGCGUCUUCAACGCCGACUACAUUGCCACUCGGACAGAACUAUCCCUGGGCCGGCUGUUCCUGAUGUUUGCGGGCGCGUUCUUGGUCGUCAACGCAGCCAGACUGUCUCGCCGCCUCACCGUCUACUAUACGCUGACGUCCAUGGCCAUCUUCUUCACGGCCCUCAUCUUCGUGUUCCUGUUCCUUCGCAAGACCUUCGGCAACCGCCUGGCAUAUGUGUUUGGCGCUUUGGGCAGCGUUGUCACCUUCAUUGCGCUGCGCCUCGGCUUGUCCGUCGACUCCGUCCUGUGGGGCGCCGUGUGGGAGACUGUCUUCAACACCAUCACGCUGCAGGAGGGCUACGAGACCGCGUUCAUGGUUGCCGUGUGUGCGGCGCUGCUGUCGGUCGUGGUUGCUGCGUAUCUUGGCCCGCCGUCGGAGAGCGCCAUGAACGGGCUGCGUGUGUUCCUCAUGGGCACUGGUGCAAUUGCCUUUGCCCUCGGCACGAGUGACUACAGCCUGGGCAUCCUCCUCGCCAUCAUUGGCAGCAUCGUCGCCAUCUUGGUGGAGAACGGAGCAGGCAAUCCCCACGAUGCAGCCGCCAACGCGGCCCACGCUGCCGCGUACCCGCUGCACAUGGCCGCACACUCCCCGAUGCCGUCUGCACCGACGUCGCCGCUGCCUGGCGCACCGCCACACCACGUCAAUGGAAACGGAAACGGAAACGGUCACCACGCGCCUCGCCUCUACCACCGCUUUGCAGGCCACCACGACUCGCAAUACGCAACACCCGUGCACCAGCAACACCAACACCAACAACACCAGCAACACCAGGAGUACGCCCGGGAUGCAUCGGCGUCGUUCCUGUCGCCGUCGAACCAGCGGUAUCACGAGCUCAAGUGCGAGCAUCUCCGCCGCGACAUUGCAGAUUCGCCGAGCCGUGUGCUGCGGCGGCUGGAGCGUCGCCUGCCAGCCAACAUGCGCGAAGCAUUUGCGUCCUUCUACGCCGACAAUAGGGUGCUCACGCCACAGGCGUAUGAGGUUGUGGCGGCCACCUACGAGGACGUGGCUGAGGACUGAAGCCAACGCGGACACUGUUGUUGAUAUGAUGAUGAAGAAGAAGACAUGACAAAGGGGGUGUGUUUGUUUGUUUGUUUGUUUGUUUGUUUGUUUGUUUGUUUGUUUGUUUGUUUGUUUGUUUGUUGCUUGUUCAUCUACUUGAUGCUGCUUGUGCACUCUACUUGUGUGUAUUGCUCGGAUUACCUUUGUGGAUGUUGGCAUUGGUUUCUUUGUUUACUUGCUGCAGUAAAAGGAAGC